CCCUGCCGCCCGCGGCGCAGCCCGAGCCAGCGCCGCAGUCCCGGCACCCGGAGCUGCUCCGGUGCUGGCGGCAGGUGGAGAGCGGGGACCCGGGGGUGCGGGAGGGGGGCAGCCGCUGCCGCACGCAGUUAGCGGAGCGCAGGAGGUGUCAGCCGCGGAGGGAAGGGCAGUGACUCAGAGCCGGUGCCCCCCUCUCUGCCGCUCGGUCCCUGCCGGGCUCCCGGGAGAUGCCGGUUCCUCCGGGGGAAAAGUUUGAAGACUCUUAUGUCCAAAGGAAUCUUACAGGUACAUCCUCCAAUCUGUGAUUGCCCUGGGUGUCGAAUUUCGUCUCCAGUGAACCGGGGUCGCCUGGCAGAGAAGAGGACAAUCCCCUUACCUCCAACCAAGAUCCCGAAGAAAGAGCUGACCUCGAUUUUCUCGCAUAGCGACGACAGCGAAGAGAGUGAUAAGAGCAAUGGUCAGCACCCUGAAGUAAAGCAGGAGGAGGAUCUCCACAUCAGUAUCAUGAAAAGAAGGAUACACACCCACUGGGAUUUAAACAUCUCCUUCCGAGAGACCUCUUGCAGCCGCGAUAACGACCUUUCCACUAUCAUCUCCAACCUGCAUCAGAGCCGUCAGCUCGUUAUGCCAGAGACCCAGAGCCGCUGUGAAUUCAAGAGAAACAGCAUCGAUGUUGGCUUAGGAGCAGCAGAUGAAAUUUUAGGCAAGAGAAGAGUAUGUUCUCCCAACAGCAGCAGUGAGUGUCCUUUAGAAAGCAAGAAAGCCAGAAGUGAGUCCCCAAAGGAAAACUCCCACACGCCUCUGCUUGAGGACUCGGUGACGCAGAUGACCCCGGAGGAGCACUACAGGCGCAUGAUGUCGGCGCUGAAUGAGCACAGCACCUUCGAGGAGCAGCAGCAACAGCGUCUCUACCAGCUGGCCAACAGCAUGGCAGUGCCCAGCCAUGGAGAUCUCCUCCGUGCACGGCAAGAGGCGGCGGUGGCGGCGCGGAACCCCGGCGCGAUGGAAGCGCACAUCCCCUCGGCCAGCAACAGUUCCAGCCAGCGGAGGAAGCAGGGCCUGCCCCAGCACAGGGACACGCACUUCCCCGAGAGGGAGAUAUCUCACCCACCGCCUCUGCUCUCACCCCAGAACGCACCCCACAUUGCCCUGGGGCCCCACCUGAGACCUCCUUUCCUUGGGGUGCCUUCAGCUCUGUGCCAGACCCCAGGUUACGGGUUCCUCCAGCCAGCACAAGCAGAGAUGUUUGCACGGCAGCAAGAGAUGCUACGGAAGCAAAACCUGGCAAGGUUGGAGAUGUCAGCCGAAAUCAUCCGCCAGAAGGAGCUGGAGAACCUGCACAGACAACGGCUCCUGGCUGGAGACCCCCUGAGCCUGCACCCCGGCCUGCCCCCCGACCACCCGGCCCUGCGCAACGUGCACGACAUUCCCGAGGGUCACCCGCUGCGGGACGAGCUGUCCCGGCGGAACGCCAUGCUGGUGCUGCGCCACAACAACACCCCACUGCUGUCCCUCACCCCCGGCGGCCCCGGCAGCGCCACGCCGCCCAAGGAGCAGCCCCGGCGCGGCAGCCGCAAAGCCGCGCAGCACCGCGCCGAGCCGCAGGGCGUCGGGGAGGCCAAGGAGCCGGCGGAGCCUCGGGCACGGGAUGGGGCUCCGGAUGGGAACGAUGAGGAGAUGAAGGACUCGGAGAGUGAUGCGGAUGUGAGCGAUGAGAAGCCCGAGAGCCUCAAGGCUGAGAGCAGCAGCUCAGCUGUGGAGCUCAAGGAGUGCAAAGAGACAGGCAAAGCCUGUGAAGGGGGCAAGGAGCUGGGGGAAGGGGGUCCCGGUCAGGCUGCUCCAUGCAGCUCCUCCAGUGCGGAGUCCCCCAGCCACCUGCUUGGGCCCAGCAUCAACAAAUCCGAGGUGAAGUAUCUGCCGCCAGCCUCCAUCCCACCGCCUCAGCCGCUGCCCUUCGGGUUCCCAUACACCAUGAGCCCCUACUUCCAUGCAGGCACCAUGGGAGGUCUGUUCCUGGAUGGGGAGGAAAGCCCCGCGCUGGAAGACAUCAGCAAAUGGACAGUGGAGGACGUGUGCAGCUUCGUGUCCAACCUGUCCGGCUGCACCGAGUACACUCAGGUAUUCCGAGAGCAGGCUAUUGAUGGGGAGACCCUGCCCCUCCUGACGGAAGAGCACUUACUGAACAACAUGGGGCUCAAACUCGGACCUGCACUGAAGAUCAGGUCACAGGUGGCCAAGAGGGUGGGCAGGGUCCUGUACAUGGCCGGCUUCCCCAUGGCCUUCCCACUGCAGCCUCCCGGCCUGCGGCCCCCGGAGCGGGAGCUGCCCCCGGCCUCGGAGCUGCGGCCCUCAUCCACGGGCAGUGUGGCCUCCCCCUUCAGCGGCCUCGCCUCCGCCAGCCGCGUGUCCCCGAAGCAGGAGAACGGGGCUCCCAGCGCCCUCGGAGACACCACGAAGCCUCCCUCCUAACGGCAGGGGCAGCUCCUGAUGGCCUGGACUGAGGUCGUUGAGUGAAGGUGAAGAGCGUGGGGAGGCCGGGAGAGCCUCCCUCAGCUGUGUGAGACACAGGGGUGAGGAAGGGAGGGGGUUCAUUACAUUGGAUGCAUUUGCUUUUUGGUUGGGCUGGAGAAAACCCAACAGAGACUAAAAAGAGAAGGAAAGAAACAAUCCAAAGAUGUCCUGAGACAACGCAAGGGAAGGGAGAGUGAUUCUAGAGGCUGCAGCAGCGCUCCCGUUCCCUUUCACCCCCCUUCUGGCUCCCCAGAGCCGUGGGACAGGGAAUGGACACUUUGCCUUCAAAGCACCACGGCUUUCAGGACCUUCUGGGGUGGCUCCAAACAGGGAAGGGAAGAGGCGUCUGCUGCUCCCAACGGUACUCAGCAUCCCCAUCACCAGAACUGAAAGCACCCACCUUCCCAGCUGGCUCCUCCUCCCUGGAAACUGGACUCAGUUCCUCAUUCAGGUGUCUAUGCAUCUCUAGCAACUUUGAACCAAUACCAAAGACAGCCAAAAACAAAGACAAAGAAGAACUAAAAGGCAAGUUCGGGUCCAUGUUUACUUCGGAGUGGAUGGUACGGCACAGCCCGGGGCUGCCCCGCUCCUGGCACACACAGAACAGGCUCUGCCCAUGCUCCAGCCCUGCAGAGCCGCUUGGUUUUGCCCAUUCAAUGCUUGGUAAAGAGAAGACCCAGCGAUGUGCUCUGGUGGGUGCAGGGGCACCCCGGCCUCCCUCACGUGUACGACAGACUCAUUUCUACAUUGGGGUGGGGGUUUCUUUUGUUCUGGGGUUGUUUUGGUUCUCUUUUCAAGCCUUGUUACAGAGGUGGAUGCAGCUGCACAUUCUGGCCUGCUGUGGACCAUGAGACAGGUACCUGUGUGUUCCCAGAGCAGGGGAGGGAUGCUGGGAGGGGGGUUCAGGCUAAACCAAUGGGUAAGAAGUUGUUACUACUGUGAAUGUGAUGGUAACUCCUGGGGGUGCCCUCCUGUGACUUGUACAGUUGUGAACAACAAUCACAUGUGGUACUUUUCUCUCUGCUCCCCCUGCCCUUUUCUGUUUCAAGGUUGCACGUGCUGCCGUCCUUUUGUUACCAAACUUAGCUUGGUGGUACAUUAGCUUCUUUCUAUUGUAAAAACCAACCAGCCAUUGCCCAUCACAUCACCAUACAACUGCUUCCCAGCAAUCAGUUUAAAUAAAAAAGGAGAAACCAUUUCCAGCCGGUA